GGAGUUCACCAAGACUCUGUACAUGCCAUCCUCCGCGAGUCACCCUUCUUCGAUCACACAACCAAGAAUGGGCUUCUCUGGAAACAGACCGAGGUCAACCCACACAUGUGGGAGUUGGUCCGAACUCGACAGGCGCUCGAGACACGGCUGAAGCAAACGAACGGUGUGGAAUACAUGAUUGUUGGUGAGCCACAGCCAAACACAGAUCCGGCCUUGGGUCCAGACACAGGCAUCUGGGUCAUUCGCAAGCAAGACCGCCGCAAGAGACCUCCACAAGCAGACGAGAUCACUGUCCUGGGCACAUACUACUUGGUCGGAGAGAAUCUAUACCAGGCUCCGUCAGUCUACGACAUUGUCGGCAACCAUCUCCUCUCGGCCAUGAACUCGCUUACCAAGUUCGCCCAAUCCGCUGCUCCCCUGCCACUAUACACUCCCGCAACAGGAUAUACCUACUUCCCACCUACCACUACAAAGACGCUCGCCGCAUCGCAAGCCUUAUCCUCUACCAGUCGAGAGGCAAGUACAGCUCCUACACCAGCCGAUGUGCCAGCUGCUGCUGCUCUAGACUCGGCUGUCCAGUCGAAAACAACUCAGGACGCAGACCCUCGCGCGCAAAUGGCCCUCUUUGAGUCUUUCAACAUGAUGCUCCACUAUGGCGACGAAUACAUGGACGAGAACCCCCUCCGAGGCGAACCUGGCAACUUCACCUUUUCCGCAACCAAGCACCAUGUCCGCGCAAAAGCAGAAGCCGCCGAGGCCGCAAAAGUCAAAGAAGCCGAACUGGCCAAGAAGCUGGAAGAAGCAAGAUUGGCUGCUCAAGCUACACCUUUCGCAUCGGCCGCAGCCAAGAAGGACGAUGAAGAAAAGACGAAAAAGAAGGUCAGGGAUAAGAUCAGGAAGAGGAGAAGCAAAGGUCUUGCUACCAACCCUAGCACACCUGCCAGUCCUGCUACUCCGGCUUCUUAGUCGAAAAGCAAGGGCAAUCAAGUCCCGGCAGACUUGC